GACUGAUCUCACUAACCCGGGCUUCUGUGUAAAUUGAGGCUAAACAAACACAGAUGGAUCUCCGAACGCAUUCACACACAGACACACACACAAAAAAAUGCUGCCAAUGCGAGGCAAGGGACUUGAGUUGACAUUCUAACAUCACAGGAGACAUCGCUUCAGCAGAACUGUUGCUAUAGGCGCGGAGGAGGAGUGUUUCAACACACACACACACACACACACAGAGUACCAGCGCUGAAACGGAAGAUUGAAAUAAAACUAAACUCCGCUACUUUCAUCAGAAUGAGGACUUCGGAAAACCUGGAGGUGGCUGACUGGAAGAAACUGUGUGUCCGAGGGAUCGGGACAAUCAAGAGGCUGAAAAGGAAAAGCCGGGACGUCCUGAGAGACGGCGAGAUGGAGAAAAUCUACCGCGUUGAGCCGGACCCUUUGAUCGCCCGCUUAGCCCAGAGCAACGGCGCUGUCCGGGACGCCAGCUCUUGCAGGGACUUGCGGGCUGAUGAUGCUGUGGAUUUGCGCAGGAUGGUGCCGAUAGUCUGCAUGCCGGACGGUGGAGGUGGAGGUGGAGGGGAAGGGGGGAGGGGAGGUGAGGAUGAGGGUCCCGGGCCCGAGUCUCCAGCCACGGGUCGCGGCAAGCCGGCUCGGCGACCUCCCCCGUCCCAAGCGCUCUCCUUUGAGCCGCUGGCGUUGGCGGAGCCGCCGACUCUGUUGCCCCGUAUCGUUCUGUGUCAGCGCUCUCCCGAGACCUCCUACACCCCCAUCCCGCACGACUGCUACAGCCCGACUCCCGGGACACGGCCCGGGGACACUUCGAAUGCACCCACCGAGAUAAAAGCCAUCCAGCAGACCAGGAGGUUGCUUGCUAACGCCCGGGAGAGAAGCAGAGUCCACACCAUCAGCGCUGCCUUCGAAGCCCUAAGGAAACAGGUUCCUUGCUAUUCCUACGGACAGAAGCUGUCGAAGUUGGCGAUCCUGAGGAUAGCGUGUAAUUACAUCCUGUCCCUGGCCACGCUGGCUGACCUCGACUACAGCUCUGAUCACAGCAACAUGAGCUUCGCCGAGUGCGUGGAGCAAUGCACCAAGACAUUGCAGGCAGAGGGGAGAUCAAAGAAGAGGAAGGAAUGAUCCGGCGAAGGAGCGACAUUUCACAGGAACAUCACACAGUGCGCUGGUGGGUCGCCAACGCUGGCAGCGAGGGAGAAAGUCAGGAGCAGAUAUGGAAUCGCAGGAGACAUCGUGCACAAGAGAUAUUAACCCCAAAAGAAGCGAAAACUGCCCGUUUAAGAUAAAAGUCUCAGUAGCAGGGCCAGCAAAUUUUUCUGGACAUCAUCUUUUCAGCACUUUCUUUACUUUAGUUUAGAGACACAACGCGGAAACAGGCCCUUCAGCCCAUCGACCCGGCGCCAACCAACUUUAACAUUAACACUAUCCUGCACACACUAGGGACAAUUUACGUUUAUAUCGCCAAUUAACCUGCAAACCUGUACGCACGUCUUUGGAGUGUGGGAGGAAACCGAGGAUCUCGGAGAAAACCCAUGCAGAUCAUGGGGAGAAGGCACAAACUCCGUACAGACAGCACCCGUAGUCAGGAUCGAACCCGGGUCUCCGGCUAAGGCAGCGACUGUGCCACCGUGCCGGCCCUUGUGUUCUUCUUGUGUUCGAGGCUGAAAUCUGUUUGCUUUGUCCUUUGCUCUUCGAGCACCAGUAACAGGAUAAAGAGAUUAUGUAGAUAACUUGCUUUUUUUUUUUAAAAGGAGAAUUAAAAGUGGACUCUGAGUGAUGUAGCCUAGCCAUAAAUACUUAUUGGCCCGAUGGGUACAAUGUAAUGCAUUGUGUAAUGUCGGCUGUAACAGGAAUUUAUAAAGCUGUAGAGGAGGAUUGUAACAA